ACACACUCUCUUACCAUCUUGUUUGGUUGUGGACCUCACGACUUUGUAUCCUUGCUAUUCUCCGAGCCUCAUUAUCCUGACACUUUAUCCAUCUUCCAAUCCACCCGUCUUUCUCUGCUCGAGUUCUGCCAUCCUCCGAGUGUUCUACUGGUCAACUCACCGUGUCAAGUUUGUGCAUCCUCGCUCGAGUCGAGCACCAUGCCUCCGUCUCAUCUGCCAACCCCAAAGUCAAUCACUCGACUGCCGUAUUGCAUUGCUCGAAAGUCUGUUGCUCGUAUGCUGGCAUUACCUGAGCACUCUUCAUUGUGUGCCUUCUCUGAUUCCAUGAGCGCUCCGUCUCAACACAAAUUCCGUGGGCGCUCCGUUGCUUGCCACAUCUCACCAAACAGGCAAGUACGAGGUGGUGAGACACGGGUUGAUGGGGCCGCUUGUGCACGAGUUGAUGAGUCCGCUCACGCACGAGGUGAUGCGUCCAAGCUUCGCACGCCACAGCGGCGAUCAGCGAUCAAUAUUCUGCUACAGCGUGUUGGCUACGUCUUUGCCUUACCAUACUCCUUCUUCUUUCUCUCCUCCUUCUUCUUGCCUUCAUCUCACCUUCCACCUCUCUAUGUCGCUCUCACUCCCGCCUCGGCCCACCCUCCAACUUGCCAACACAAUCGCUCGCACCUGCGUAAGGAUCAGCAUGCUGCCCUCGACACGAGACAGCUCGAUGGCGAUACCAGGUGUACGAGAGCACGGCAACACUGCGAGCAGAGCCCGAGGCGAGCACGAGCAUGAGUGACAAGAGAGCACGAGCAAAACCGACGAGAGCACGAGCACAGUUCAACGAGACGAGCACGAGCACGAUCCAGCGAGACGAGCACGAGCGAAGCCCGACGAGAUGAGCACACGAGCGAGGGAGCCAGCGAGUCGUGGACCGACGAGACGAGCGUGGCCGUCAACUGGAUUGGCGAGACGGCGGACCACGAGACCGGCGAGA